GCCUCCGCCGCCUCUACAAAAGCGGCCGCCGUCGCCCCCGCCGUCGCCUCGCUGUCCCCCGCCGCGGAGCCGCCGUGGGGAGCGGGAACCGGAGCCUCAGAGGGCCGCCGCGCAUGAGGGGGCCGCCCCAGACAUGCCCUUCUCGCUGGUGCCGCUCGGCUUCGCUCUCCUGCUGCUGGCGGCCGCGGGAAGGGCCCUCCCCGUCAGGCGGAGUUCAGAUGAGUCCCUUUCUGGGGUUAUGCAGAAGUGGAAGGAGUAUCAGCUUCAAUGUCUGAAAUACUUGUAUGAGACACCACCCAUUGUGGCAGAAGGCAAGUUCUGCAACAGAACAUUUGACAAUUAUGCCUGCUGGCCAGAUGGACUGCCUGGCACCUACGUGAAUGUCAGCUGCCCCUGGUAUCUCCCCUGGGCUAACACAGUGCUGCACGGGCAGGUGUACCGCUUUUGCACCCUGGAGGGAACAUGGCUGCUGAAGGAGAAUUCAACCCUGCCCUGGAGGAACCUGUCUGAGUGUGAGGCCUCUGACCAGGAUGCACCAGAGGAACAGCUCCUGAAUUUGUCCAUCAUAUACACCAUUGGAUAUGCUCUUUCCUUCUCUGCCCUUGUAAUAGCAACUGCCAUUCUUCUUGGAUUCAGACAUCUGCAUUGUACGAGGAAUUAUAUUCAUCUGAACCUCUUCACCUCUUUUAUCCUCCGGGCUAUAUCCGUCUUUAUUAAAGACUCGGUGGUGAAGUGGAUGUACAGCACAGCCACACAAGAGCACCAGUGGGAAGGACUUAUCUCAUUCCAGGAAUCACUCAGCUGUCGCUUGGUCUUUGUGAUGAUGCAGUAUUGUGUGGCUGCAAACUACUACUGGUUGCUGGUGGAAGGCAUGUACCUCUACACACUGCUGGUACUUUCAGUCUUUUCUGAGCAGAGGAUUUUUCGUCUUUAUCUCUGCAUUGGCUGGGGUGUGCCAAUGCUGUUUGUUAUCCUCUGGGGAACUGUCAAGUACCUUUAUGAAGAUGAGGGUUGCUGGACCAGAAACUAUAACAUGAAUUACUGGUUGAUCAUCAGACUGCCGAUUCUCAUUGCCAUUGGAGUAAAUUUCCUGAUCUUCAUCAGGGUUAUUUGCAUCAUCAUCUCCAAACUACAGGCUAAUUUGAUGUGCAAAACUGAUAUAAAAUGCAGGCUGGCCAAGUCUACGCUGACUUUGAUUCCACUGCUGGGGACCCAUGAGGUCAUCUUUGCCUUUAUUACUGAUGAGCAUGCCAGAGGGAUGCUGCGCUUUGUGAAGCUUUUUACUGAACUCUCCUUUGCUUCUUUCCAGGGGCUGAUGGUUGCAAUCCUUUACUGUUUCAUCAAUAAUGAGGUUCAGAUGGAGUUUCGGAAAAGCUGGGAGCGCUGGAGAUUGGAACAUUUGUAUGUGCAGAGAGACAGCAGCAUGAAACCUCUGAAGUGUCCAGCCAACAGCAUCAGUAGUGGAGGCACAGUAGGCAGUAGUGUCUACGCUGCCACUUGUCAGGCCACGUUCAGCUAAGAUUUCUGAAAGUGAAUCAGACUGAGAACAAUGAACUGCAUAAUAUACCUGAAAACCCUUAAAAUACCCAAGCAAGUGGCUUAAGUAUACCAUCUCCAGCAAGAAACUUAAGUAUAUACUGCUCAUUGCCUGCAGGCUGUUGGACAAAAGUUUCUAGGGAAACCAAUCCGCUAAUGUAAUCAAUACAUCAGAGGAAAAAAAUGAUCACAUCUAAAGUAAGUUAAAAGAGUUUCUUCCUGUUUGCACACAAGGCCUCCAGCUGUCCAAAACUUAGGCAUGGCAUUGAUCCAGUCUGAAACCACAGGGUCAAUGGCUUAUUACUGUUGAGUGGGUGAGCUGAGUGAUUGACUGAUUAAAUUACAAGGCUACAGGGUAUGAUUAUUGCCAAAAAAAAUACAUUUAGAAUUUUAUGGGAAUAGGGUAAGGUGCUAUCACCAGUUUUAGAAACAAAAAGACCAAAACGAAAGAACUUAGUGUGAUACAACUUGUGUUUUAAGAGUCAGUUUUGUAGUAAGUUUUCCAAAGCUGAAGUUGAAAAUCCGCUUACCUGUUUUCUGGGUAGGUGAAGCAUGCCAUCCUGAAGACUUAUAGGUACAGUAGGUAUCAUGGUGGACAUUUCUGAGUGGUCUUUUUAAGCUUCACUUGCAAACAAACAAAAUUAAACAAAACCAAAAAACAAACCUAGUAUCUGUUAGGGGACUCUUCUGCUAUUAAUAGGUGUGUGUUAUCUCUGUUGACACGGGUGGAAAUGUCAGCCCUUCCGUCUUCAUGUGGUACUCUGCGUCUCCACUUAGCACAGCAGUGUUAACAGGGACAAGAUAAUGACUUGGGCUUCAAGAGAACAUUUUCUUUCAGAGAUAUACACAGCUUCACAUGCGUGCAAACACACAGCAGUCAGCUUAUGGGCACGGCUGACCUUAACAGACCUCACCUACAUGGGAAAGAUGGGGUAGCUCACAGUGUGGGCUCAACUUUUCUUUCUCCAGCCUGGUUCGUUGUCUCCAGCCCCGAGAUCGCGGUGAGGCGGUGGCGGGAAGGCGGUUCCGUGGCGGCCGGGGCUUCAGCACGACGGACAGCUCCCGCGCAGCCCGGCACGGGGGCUGCCCAACCGCCCGCAGCCUGCGUGCCUGCCACCGGCGCGGUCCAAAACACACCCCCCCCACUCUACCAUCCUAAAUUCAACGAACUUCCCUCCACCUGUUUAAAACUGUGAGGGCUCUUGCAGCACUCACGCUGCUAAUUAUGACGCCCUCCCCGAUGUUUGCAAGAGUUGCUGGGGAAAAGAGAGGGUCCCUUUACAAGCAGGAAAGGAUCCAUUGCAUCCCUUGAUAAGCUUUACAUACCUUUACACUGCUGUUACUUGAGCUCCCUUUAAAACAAAGAGUCAAAGCGCCAAGGACUAGCUCUGAGAAUAUCCCUGUCCAUGGACUUCCUGUAAUAAGUACCUUCCAUGGUAUUGCAGUUGGACUCCUCAGCAGAGAUAAAACCAUGCUUUCCAAAUCUCUCUGCACUUGCAUUUGCAGCCUCCAUUGCCAAGAUAUUCUGGGAUGUAAUUCAGCAUCCUUCCUGCCUAAAGCUAGAUUGCUUUGCAUGAGAUUAUUUAAUCAUUCUAUUACAAUUCAAAUUGCCAACAGGGUGGAUUAGUUUUGCAAUCAUCAGGUCAGAAUUGAAUUAGACAGGAUGUGUUACCUUCUUCUGCUAUAAUGCUUGCAAUGGAGCUCCGGGGGGGAAGUCAGCCAUGGCUGUAGCAAUCCACCACAGUUCCCAGGCCGGCUCAUGUACAUUUAGCAUUCUGGCUUCUGUGUCCUACUUCCAGGCCUUCCCUUCUUAACAUCAGUUGCAGAGCUGACCUUGGAAUGAAGCACCUCAGGUUCUCCUGUACAUUUAAUAACUAGCUUCUGUGUUGUGUGAUACCUGACUACUACAUGUGUAUGUUAGCUGGUGUCCUACAAUUUAAUUAAUUAGCUUCCUGUACGUACAGAGUACGUUACCCUUAAGUGCUUUGAAUCGGAAAAGACAGAUGAAGUUAGUCACUGGUAGGUGAAAGGGCAGCAUGAUGACAGAUGAAAUUUACACCUGUAUAACAUACACAGAAAGGAAUAAUUUUACUCAUGAAUAUUCAAGAGUGAGUGCUAUUUUUUCAGGCCCUUGCUUAGUUGUGUGCAAACCUGGAAAAAUAAAGUUUCUGCUUCUUGUCCAGCUGUUAGCAAGACAAGUUUUGCUAUGCCAGCAGCAACUUACAGAAAUGUUCUAACUUGCUCUUAUCCUGGAAAAACUGUGUGUAACAUGAAAAAGGACAGACCUAUGAACAAAUAGAAUUCACUUAGGUAGUAACAAACCUACACUUGGUUGCUGUCACAAGAUUCUUUCAGUAGUUUGACACACUUUUGAGUUACUAGGCUCUUUUAGCCCCUCCCAGUCAAUUAAGAACUAAGGGCUCUGGGCCUAUAAGAAUAGCUCCAGCACCAGACAUCAAACUUACCUUGGAAACUUCUGCCUUGUUAGAGUCCAAGGGCAAAAUAAGAUGACACAGUGAGACCGUAGCCAAGCAGAGGGUUGUGGUGGCAUUUCCCCCCCCCCAACCCAAAUAGCUCUUGUGUCUUCAAACCUUUUAAAAUCCCCUCUAAGUACUGAGGGAACAACUUAGUGAAAGUAACCACCACCAAAGCAGAAUUACAGGAAUCAUGUAUUUUGAGAAAUAUUUUCAGCAAGGCCUAAACACCAAUUUCUCCAUUAUACUUUAUGUACUUCAGUAAAACCUUUUACAAGCCUUCAUUGUUAUUCAUACCAUCUCUUCUUCAGAAUUUAUAACAUGCAUUUAUUUCAGUAGCAUGAAGUAAGCAAAACAACAUGACGCACUGGAAGAGAGAAACUGUAUGAUUUUUUUAUUUCCUGUGCCUUUCAGCUUCAUGCUCACUUACAGUGGCAACUUGUUUCAUGAAGCAUUAAAUAGGAGUCUGUAAAAUUCACCUGGACAUAAUGUAACUAGAGUUUACAGCAAAAUAAAACUAUAUUUCCAGCAUUGCUGCUAUAAAGUUUUAUAAUUUCAUGGAUGUUACCUUAUAUUUAAUAUUUAUUUGCAUGUAUUUCCUUGUUUUAAAAAGCACCCACAGAAUCUAACUGUACAAGAUGUCAGAUUAUCAACUCCCCAGAAACAUUACACUGAAGUUUAUUUUUGUCUUUGUGAAUAAAGUUUCAGCUCACAAAAUCCUGUCACUUCUGUAUUUAUUAAGAA